AUCCAUAUGUGGGCGGCACUUAUCUGGGUUCAGGUAUAAGUCAGGUCUGACUAGUUUUGCAAGUCUCUGGCAACAUAUAAAAGCUCCACGGCAAACUUUACUUGGUUUACUUGGAUUUACUUGGAUUUACGUGGUUUGAGCUGCCUCCUGGUUCUUAUUGGAUUAUAACUGCUGGAAAUGACGAUCAAAACAUUUCAAAUUGAAUAUGAUGCCAUCAACGACAAGAACACCUUCACAAAUGGAGACACCAUAAAUGGGAGGAUAAUCUUGGAGGUCUCCAAGGAAACAAGAAUAGAGUCGCUUGUUUUUAUGGCUGAGGGAAAGGCUAAUGUCUGCUGGCAUGAACAACACGGGCAACACCAUCAUCACGUUUACUGGUCUAAUGAGAAAUAUUAUAGCAUCAAAGAUCACAUCCUGAGAGAAUCAAGACAAGAUGGCACUGAAGUAAUUGGAAAAGGAAGACAUGUAUUCCCUUUUAGUUUCAACAUACCUGACAGAAAAAUGCCUUCAACUUUUAAAACAUCUAUUGGCAAAAUUGUUCAUAAGAUUAAGGCAGAGCUUAAACAGUCAAUGAAGUUGACAAAAAAAACCAAAGUCCACUUCACCUUCAUAUCCAACGCAGACAUGGACACACCAGGACUCAUGGAACCUCAGCAUAACUCCAAGGAUAAAAGCCUUGCUUUUGGCUCUGGGAAUGUCUCGAUGGACAUCUACACCAAGAGGAUGGGUUACAGACAAGGUGAGAACCUCCAUGUUACAGUUGAAAUCAACAAUCGUUCAAGUCGUUCAGCGAAGGCCAAGUUUGUCUUCUAUGAGAAGAAGAGCUACUUCGCCCAAGGCCGCCGAAGAGUACACACGCAAAACAUCGUGAAAGGUAAAAUUGAUGCUGCGGAUUCAGCUUCUGGCAAAAGUGCUGCGACCGAGGUGAUCCCCAUCCCUGGACAUCUCCCCUCCUCCAUUCUGAACUGCUCCAUCAUCAAGCUGGAAUACAGGCUCAAGAUCUAUCUGGAUAUCAAAUGUGCUUCGGAUCCAGUAGUCAAACUGCCCAUUGUCAUCCUACCUGAAGCUGCAGCGGGAACACAACAGGCAGCUCUUCCUGCCUUUGGAUUUGAAGCGUAUGGAAUGCUGAGCCAACCAGCCUGGAGCAGCACACCAGACACCAAGGACCCCCCACCUCCCUACGGAGCAUGCGCCAUGUCCCCCUCCUCCCCCUAUGAUAAAUAUAACUCUUCUCAUAAAUACUAACCUUAAAAUAGGAUGUGAUUUUAAGCUCGUUUAUCCAUAACACCAGCAGAUGCAUCACUGUAGUUCCACACGUUCCUCUUUGUUGACAAGUGCUGGUGCCUGCAUUACCGCUAUGAUAACUUAAUCACUGACUGGGGUGGGGGGAAAUUAAAAACGGUCGCACUGAGGAUAACUUUGAGCCAGUGCCCACGAAAUCCUUACUCUGGCCACCAGUUUCUCAGAUGUCUGGUUGCUCCACCUGAAACCACGACAGCUUCUCUUCACAGAGAUAAUGACAUAUGAAUGUAAAUAGGUUUUUAUGUGUUACAUUCUGAUUUGAGACUAAUAACUAUUGUAUUAUUUAAUCUUUAGAGAAAAUACCACAUAACAGUGAACUCUGCUGCAAAACGUAAAAUUAAAAGACAACACAAAACAUGUUUCUUUGUUUUUACUACAGAACAUGUGAACAUACACGAAGGUGAAUAAUGUAAUUGUGAGUUUAGAUUGUAUAUGUACUGUAGACGUACAAAUGUUCAAUGAGGUGAACAAUUAUUUUCUUUCAAAAACAGGUGUUAUAUUGAGUUUUUUUAAUGUCAUCUACACUGAAUAUAUAUAUA